AUGCCUCGAGAAAUCAUCACCAUCCAGGCUGGGCAAUGCGGCAACAGCAUCGGCAGUCAGUUCUGGCAGCAGCUCUGCCAGGAGCAUGGUAUCUCACGCGACGGCAACCUCGAAGACUUUGCGACCGAGGGAGGCGAUCGCAAAGAUGUCUUCUACUACCAGUCUGACGACACGCGCUACAUUCCACGUGCGAUCAUGAUCGACCUUGAGCCGCGCGUGAUAAACGGGAUCCAGAAUGGGCCGUACAAGAAUAUCUACAACCCGGAGAACUUCUUCAUCAGCAAAGACGGACGAGGCGCGGCGAAUAACUGGGGAGAUGGGUACGAGCACGGCGAGACUCUCUAUGAGGACAUACUCGAGAUGAUUGAUCGCGAGGCGGAUGGCAGUGACUCGCUAGAGGGCUUCAUGAUGCUGCACUCCAUUGCUGGUGGCACGGGAUCUGGACUGGGCUCGUUCAUGCUCGAGAGGCUCAACGACCGGUUCCCGAAGAAGAUCAUCCAGACUUACUCCGUCUUCCCGGAUCCGACAAACUCGGGCGACGUAGUGGUACAUCCCUACAACAGUCUCCUGUCACUGCGGCGGUUGACGCAGAAUGCGGAUUCUGUGGUGGUCCUGGACAAUGGAGCGUUGUCGCACAUUGCAGCUGACAGACUGCACGUCCAGGAACCCUCGUUCCAGCAGACAAACCAGCUCGUGGCGACGGUCAUGUCUGCCAGCACAACCACGCUACGAUACCCCGGCUACAUGCACAAUGACCUUGUCAGCAUCCUCGCCUCGCUCAUUCCGACACCGCGAUGCCACUUUCUCAUGACCGCCUACACCCCCUUCACGGGCGACCAGGUCGAGUCCGCCAAGACUGUUCGCAAGACGACCGUCCUCGAAGUGAUGCGGCGCCUCCUCCAGCCAAAGAACCGCAUGGUGUCCACCGUGCCCGGUAAGAAGAGCUGCUACAUCUCCAUCUUGAAUGUGAUUCAGGGAGAGGUCGACCCGACGGAUGUGCACAAGAGUCUCCUCAGAAUCAGGGAGCGACGGCUGGCUACGUUUAUCCCCUGGGGGCCCGCAAGCAUCCAGGUGGCCCUGACCAAGAGGAGCCCGUAUAUCCCAAUGAGCCACCGUGUCAGCGGACUCAUGUUGGCAAAUCACACAAGCAUUGCGACGCUAUUCAAGCGCAUCGUGAAGCAGUACGACGGCAUGCGGAAGCGCAAUGCCUUUAUCGAGACGUACAAGCGCACCGCACCGUUUGCCGAGGACUUUCACGAAUUCGACGAGGCGAGAGCCGUGGUCACAGAUCUGAUUGGGGAGUACGAGGCUGCCGAGAGUGCGGAUUAUUUAAACCCAGACGGUGGACAGGCGCAACCUACGUCGGCGGAAGGUGAUAGACGGGUUGGGGCUUGA